GCGAGGCACAAUUCGAAGUGUCGAGUCAACUUGAGGAGGAGAUCUGCCGACGAAGAUGGCGAAGUACCCGAAUGGCUUCCGCGAAUGCUGGGGCGACUAUCGCGAAGAAGAAGACUUGGAAGUCGCGACGCAACCUCUGUACGCGCACCAGAAGUCUCUCCCGAAGCUGCCUGUGCCCACUUUGGCUGACACUUGUGCGUUGUACUUGCAGACUGUUCGACCGCUCACGACGGACGCAGAGUUCGACGCCACGAAAGCAGCCGUUGAUGCGUUUCUCCGAGGUCCGUUGGGUCCUACCUUGCAGAAGCGCUUGGAGGAACGGGCGGCAUCUCGUCCAAACUCGUCGUACUUGGCGGAAUGGUGGAACACAUUGGGGUACCUUCAUGUCCGCGACCCCGUUGUGUUCAACGUGAGUUACUUCUUUCACUUCAGCGACAGCGUGCAUCUCGCCCAGCGCUCACAAGUGGGUCGCGCUGCAUCGUUGGCAGUGGCAUCGAUGGCAUUUCGCAACCAAGUUGCCACUGGCACACGCCCACCAGAGACCCUUGGCAAGGCCAAGACUCCGAUGUGCUCGACCGCGUACAAGUACAUGUUUAAUGCGUGCCGUAUUCCCCGUCGCGACGCCGACUCUUAUCGGAUCUACGACCCAUCCACGAACCACCACGUUGUCGUGAUGCGCCACAACAAAUUCUACAAGGUCCAUCAAGGCGCAACUCCACUUUCCUUCUUGGAAUGGACGUUCAUUCUGACGCACAUUUUGAAUACGGCUGGAUCCAAGGAGUCUUCCAUCGGUGUGCUGUCUUCCGAAGACCGCGACGUGUGGGCUGAUGCGCGCGCGCAACUCUUGACCGAUGGCAACGAAGCCACUCUUCGCGACAUUGAGUCGGCCGUGUUCUUGCUUUGCUUGGACGACGAAGCCCCCACUUCUCGCACGGAAGUUUCGCACGCGCUGUGGCACGGCAAUGGGCGGAACCGCUUUUACGACAAGUGUAUUCAACUCAUCGUGUUUGGCAACGGGAAAGCAGGGUUACUGGCAGAGCACUCCAUGUUGGACGGGAUGGCGAUGUCCGUCUUUGCCGAUUUCAUCCUCACGGGGCUUCGCAACCAAACGAUCGACCUCGGCGACUCGACGCUGACACAUGCGGCGCUCGUGGCGAGACUACCGGCGGUGACGCAGCUCCAGUUCCAUGUGUCGACGGCGACAUUGAAAGCCAUUGCCGCGGCGGAGCGCACGUUUGAUGCGACGGUGGCCGCCCACGAAGUGCACGUCGAGUCGUUUUUUGGAUAUGGCCACCACGCGAUCAAGACGUUCCAGUGCAGCCCAGACGCAUAUGUCCAGCUUGCAAUUCAACUAGCCGGCCGAAAGCACUGGGGCAAGGAUGUGGCUACAUACGAAGCGACUCAAGUCCGAACGUUUUUGCACGGGCGAACUGAAACCACGCGCAGCUGUUCGAGUGCGACCAAGGCGUUUGCGGAUGCCAUGGUGCACACUAGUCCCGUGGACCAGCUCCAGGUCAAGGUGCGUAGCAUUGCACGACGAUGGUUGAGCGCGCCGCGUUCGUUUGGCACGUGCUUGAAGCCUCACGUCCACGCGUCUCCAUCGUGCUGACGUAGGCGGCGCUGUGUCGCGAUGCGUGCGCCGCACACGUCAAGUACAUGAAGGUCGCGGCGCAAUCGAAAGGCGUGGAUCGACACUUUCUUGGACUGCGCUUGUGCAUGCAGCCUGGCGAGUCGGCCGCGAUCUUUGACGACCCCGUGUUUGCUCGUUCCAAGUACUGGCAGAUUUCGACGAGCCAUUUGACCCACGAGCUGUUUGACGGGUGGGGAUGGGGCGAGGUUGUGCCCGAUGGCGUCGGGAUCGCGUAUAGUAUCAAGAGGAACUCGGUGCACUUCAACAUUGCGUGUCGAAAGCCCACGGACGGCAGCGGGCUGUCGACGGCGCGUGCAUUUGGCCAUUUGCUUGAAGAGAGCUUGCUCGAGAUGCGCCAUGUGCUGGAAGCGGACCAAGCGCUCAAACUGCCAGCCAAGCUGUAGAAGAAGGCUACGUAUAACGCAGACCGAGCGAUAUAUCGAGUGGUCGUCGAAAUCGAUCGAGUGCUGCCGUGUUUCGACUGUGCGAGUCUCAGUGGUUCCUCGAUCGAUCGGUCGGUCUCCCUCGAUCAUCGAGUCUGCGUCGUCCGCAACGAGGCAAGCAGACCCUUCCUUUCUACACCGCCGUGACGAUGUGCGGAAUCCACAGAGAGCGGUGAGCAUGACGGCGGAGUCGUCCCUUCGGCCAGAGAUCAUCAACUACAUUCGAGCGCAAAGCAAUAUGCAUGGAUGGUUGGAUGGGGGCGUGUGCGAGCGCGCUCUGCCAUGAAUGCCCCGGUCGUUCG